CGUUCUCGUCUGCAGGUAAUUUGAAUCCAUUUUACUGUACGUAUUUUGGCUGGUGAUAAUUACUUUUCCAUCAAUGGUCAGGUUCUAGAGACUAUAUAUAUCACAAUUAUGGGAAGAGUAUCUCACAUUCUCACAUUAUGGAAGGAACUUCUCAAACACUUCCUUACACCAUAAGAUUCGUUGGUCUUCUUGUCAGUCAUUCUCUUGGUAGAAAUCCAAAGUUUAUGGCUACUGCAUUAGAUUUAGGAAGAGAAUUGAUAAGGCGAAGAAUUAGUCUUGCUUAUGGAGGAGGCAACGUUGGCCUACAAGGAGCUGUUGCUUCAACAGUCUUUACCAAUGGUGGUCUCUUUAGAGGUUUCAUUCCUGGGUACAUAGCAACACGACGAGUCUACAACCCUACAUACGGCGUAGAGCACACAAUUUCCAGCAAUUACUACAAAUAUUUUGAGAUGAAUCAUGCCGUGGAAGCUUUCAUCAUUCUUCCCGGAGGAGUUGACACUAUGGAAGGUUUGUUCACCUUGAUCUCAUGGGCUUCUAAAGGGUUACACAAUAGACCCAUUGGUCUUUUAAACAUUGACGGUUAUUUCAAUAACCUUCUCAAAUUCUUAGAUGAUGCUGUGAGGCAAAACUUCAUGGCUUCCAGUCAGAGGAAACUUUUUAUUUCUUCUUUCUUUGUUGACGAGCUUUUAGACAAGUUAGAGUUUGCUAAAGCUUUCCCGGGACCUGGGGUUAGUUAUGAUGAGUUUGUGAAUCCCGGAAGAGUAGACUUGGAAUUGCAUUUAUAACUUUCUACACGUAAUCCAAGUUGUAUCUCGUGUUGCAAUGAUAUUAUCCAUAAAUAUUCUCCUAGGCUAGUAACGCCCAAACGGAAUGCAAGAUAAUGAAAUAUGGAUCUUGGCCCACUAGAGGUUUCGGCAGAAAUCUCCGAAUCAAUAUCGAGGGUUAUUGAUUUGUUAAAAAUAGUGGGAGAUAAUUAAUUAAAGGCCUAAUUAAUUAUUAAACAUGAUAGAUAACCUAGUUUGCAAAAUUUUCUGUAGAUGGCAAACAACAACAACCCUUUCAACCUGCGUUACAUCCUGGAAAACAACAAGUUAU